GACACUCAAAAGUUCCUAACGUUCGCCGAAACGCAUCGAAUAGUUUUGAAUCAAAUCCUCCGCCAAUCGUCGACACCGUUAGCCGACGGACCCUUCUCUGUACUCGUAGACCACACCCGAGUGCUCGACUUCGACGUCAAGCGACGGUACUUCCGACAAGAGUUGGAACGACUGGAUGACGGCGCCCGACGCGAAGAUCUUGCGGUUCACGUGCGACGCGAACACGUGUUUGAGGAUUCGUAUCGAGAGCUGCACCGACGCGCGUCCGAGGAGUGGAAGAAUCGCUUCUACAUUGUGUUUGAGGGCGAAGAAGGUCAGGAUGCGGGCGGUCUGUUGCGCGAGUGGUAUACCAUUAUAUCGCGUGAGAUAUUCAACCCGAUGUACGCCUUGUUCACGACCUCACCGGGCGAUCGCGUGACGUAUAUGAUCAACAGUGCCUCCCAUUGCAACUCCAAUCACUUGAGUUAUUUCAAAUUCGUGGGCCGAGUCAUCGCCAAAGCCGUCUACGACAACAAACUCCUCGAAUGCUAUUUCACGCGAUCUUUCUAUAAACACAUUCUCGGAAAACUCGUCAAACACAUCGAUAUGGAGAGCGAGGACUACUCCUUCUAUCAGGGAUUGGUGUUCCUGUUGGAGCACGACGUCCACGACUUGGGCUAUGAAUUGACGUUUAGUAUCGAAAUCCAAGACUUCAACCAACUGGAUUUACCAGCUUACGAGACUUACGACAAAUUACGACUAAUGCUUCUGAAGGCAAUCCAAGAGUGUUCAGAAGGGUUUGGUUUCGCGUAAAAUAAUACACAAAACUUUAUUACACGUUAUGACUGUCUUAUGGCCUGUGAUUAACGAGAUUUUUAUAUUUUCAAAUAAAUUGCGAUAAAAAUUAAAAACUAUUGUAAAAUAUAUGAGAAAUUCUUUUCAAUUGAAUGUAUUGUAUAUUAACGCGAUUUUAAUGCAGAAAAGCAAUGAUUAGUUCAUAAUUAUUAAUUAAUUAUUAUUUGUAGUCCAUUAUUACUAUUACUAUUAUAAUGAAUACUUUGGAGUAAAGACAAAAAGUUGUUUAAAAUCUUCAGAAAAAUAUUAUCAUUAAAACAAAUAAUUGAAAUACUGAUCCAUUUGUAUAAAAAGGU